GGUACCGGCGUUCUUCAUUGCAAGCAAUGUCUGAAGCUAUGGCAGAGAGACAUUAACGCCGCUAUCAACAGGAUGGCCAUAUCUCCAGCAGUUUGGUAUGGAGCGGGAAGACCCGACGUUUUCAAGCCAGCGAAGAAGAAGAAAGUAUCGCCGUAA